AUCGGCUAGGGUUUGGCAAUAAAAGGUUUUCUUCAUCCUCAAAAAUAAUCUCGGGAACUAGUCGGUCUUUCGAAUCAAUUAGGAGACCGGAGUAAUGGCGACUGUGAACCCUUUCGAUCUCUUGGACGAUGACACAGAGGAUCCUAGCCAGCUCGCUGCGGCUAAGCCAUUGAAGGUAGCAGAGAAAGCUGCUCCAGCUCAGCCUGCUAAGCUGCCUACUAAGCCACUUCCUCCUUCUCAAGCCGUGAGGGAGGGAAAGAACGGUCCUGGUGGAGGUCGUGGUGGUCGUGGAGGACGCGGUGGCCGUGGUGGAUUCAACAGGAACAGUGAUGCUCCUGCUAAUGAGAACGGAUAUGGUGGAGGCUACAGACGCACAGAAGAAGGAGAUGGAGGGAGACGUGGUGGGUCUGUUGGUGGAUACCGAGGUCGUGGUGGUGGUCGCCGUGGAGGCUACAACAAUGGAGAGUCUGGUGACUUUGAACGCCCACGUAGGAACUUUGACCGCCACCAGAGUGGAACAGGUCACGGAAAUGAGUUUAAACGUGAUGGAGCUGGCCGUGGCAACUGGGGAACCAAUGAAGAUGAAGUUCCUCCGGUGACUGAAGAAUCCACAACUGUUGUGGAGAAGAGUUUACCUGUUGAGAAGGAAGGUGAAGCAACUGAUGCAAACAAAGAUACACCUGUUGAAGCUCAAGCUGAGAAAGAGCUUGAGGACAAGGAGAUGACUCUGGAGGAGUAUGAGAAAGUCUUGGAGGAGAAGAGGAAAGCUCUGCAGGCGACCAAGGUUGAGGAGAGGAAGGUUGACACGAAAGUGUUCGAGGCCAUGCAGCAGCUCUCAAGCAAAAAGAGCAACAACGAUGAGGUCUUCAUCAAACUGGGAACAGAGAAGGACAAGCGCCCAGUUGAGAAAGAAGAGAAGACCAAGAAGUCGUUGAGCAUAAAUGAGUUUCUGAAACCUGCCAAUGGCGAGAGUUACAGAGGUGGUUACCGUGGUGGAAGAGCAAACCGUGGACCAAGAGAGGGAGCCGACAGAGGAGGUCGUGGACCAAGAGAGGGAGCUGACAGAGGAGGUCGUGGGCCAAGAGGAGCCGACAGAGGUGGUCGUGGACCAAGAGGAGACAACGGAGGAGCAGACAAGAGGGAUGCUGCUCCAAAAUUCGUCGCCCCUGCACCAAAGAUUGAAGACGCUGCACAGUUCCCUACUCUGGGAAAGUAA